AGUCAGUCAGUAACCAGACAGUCGUAAGAUAAUACCUUCAAAAUUUAAAAAGAGCAACCAUUAAAAAGUUAAAAAAAAUUAAAAUGAACAAUGAAGCUUACGGAACCCACUUGGGCAAAAUUAAGAGUUCAGAACCGUCGAUAGCCCCCAUAGACUCCGGCCAUAAUUUUGAUGAGCACGAAACAUUGCUCCUGAAACCCAAGAUUCAAGAGCCGCCGCCCUCUUGGUUGGCAUGGUGCGAUCGAAACUCAAAGCCUGUGAAACGGGCACGGCCUCGUGAGAUCCGAAAGCUGACCCCGUGGCAGAAAAGCGGUCCGAUGACCAUUAGGGAUUGGAAGCACUUUGGAGCCUGGGCUGCUUUCCGGGCCAGGCCCAAGAACCCAAAGCUGCAGAGACCUGCAAAGCCCUUCUGUGCGGCCAAAUACUUGCCUUGCGCCCUAAAAAAGCGCCAGCUGGAGGAGGAUGAGUUGCGGGAAAGGAUGUUGCUGCUGGCCAAACCCCGAAAGAUCACCGAGAAGUACAAUACGCCGGACCGACCGCCGGCGUACUCCCCGGCGAUCUUUUGGGGCAGGCCACCGCAUCGCGAUCCCGGUCGACCCUUCCAGCCUCCCCACGUUCCCGACUGCUUUCCCACCGACGAACUGGAGGCGGAUUUCUGGGCCCAGCUCCGGUUUCCUGUCCGGCCGGCAGCCCUCUUGGGAAAGAUUACGCCUCGCAUCCAGUCCCUGGCCAAACCACGGGUAUAUCCACCUACUCCGCACUGCCCCGUUCCUGAAAAGGUGUUGCAUCCGCUGGACGUUCCGCCUCCGCCACGAAGGAAGUUCACAAACAGGGGCUGGCGGAUGCACCAGAUCCGACUGCUAUACCUCUCCAAGCCGGUUUUUAGAAGUGAUAUGAGGUUCUUCUAUUGUAACGUCUAACAUCUGCUCUUUAUAUUUGCCCAACACAAAAUGUAUCUAUUAAAGUUUUUGACCCUUAUGUUA